CGGGGAGCGCGGGGGAUACACGAGGAGGAGGAGGAGAGACGCGCGGGGCCACAGAGAGACACGGGGGGUCAGGGACACGGAGACACCGCGGGAGACACCGCGAGGGACACCGCGAGCGAGGCGAGGAGACGGGGACACGGACGGGAGGGGCGAGGAGGACGGGGACACUGGGUCAGACACGAGGAGGGAGACGCGGCGGGGCAUACGGGGAGCAAAGACACGAGGAGAGCGCCGCUGGGAGAGAAACACGAGGGGGGACGCGGCGGGGCGAGGAGGCGCCACCGCAGUGCGAUUGCCGAUGGCGGACCCCGAGCAAGACCUUCUCUUGGCGGCCCUCAGCGAGAGCGGAAUCUUCCCCAGUGACCUGGACAGCGACCUCUCUGAGCCCAACUUGCCUUCGCAAGACAGCGCCGUGAUGGGAGGCUCCGAGCUGCUGGAUCAUAUCGUGGGCUCCACGCUCCUCCUGGGCCCCGCCGCGCCCGGCGCCCCGCUCGCCGCGCGGCCCCCUCAGUCGCCGCGCCCCGCCCUCGCCACCGUGGCCUUCACGCGAGGCAUCAUCGCCCCCUCACGGGCCCCGCAGCCCUCCAGGCCGGCCAUGGCCCCCUUCACUCUGCCCCAGCUGGCGGGGGCCCAACUGCGGCCCACGGCAAACCCCGCGCAGGCUCAGAACAAGGUGCGACUGAAGGAUCUGCUGCAUCUGAACAGCCUCUCCGAGCUGCUCAAGCUGAAGCCGCCCCCGGGAGUGACCGCCCCCGUGGCCGCCGCAACAGUGGAGCCCACGAACGGGUUGCUGAAGAAGGAGGGGCCGGUGUCCGUGGGGAUGGGUGCCGCUCCGGGGAAGGAGGCGGUGGCGACGCGUGUGUGGGCCACAGAGGAGCUCAAAAUCAGGAGCUUCUCUCCCACGGUGCAGGCAGCCGUGAAGGACGAGGAGGAGGUGGAAGAGGAGGAGGAGGAGCUGGGCCACACGGAGACGUAUGCCGAGUACAUGCCCCUGAAGCUGCGCAUCGGCCUGCGGCACCCGGACGCGGUGGUGGAGACGAGCUCGCUGUCCAGCGUCACGCCGCCCGACAUCUGGUACCGGCUGAGCAUCCCCGAGGAGACGGUGGACAGCGGCUGGCUCUCUGCCCUGCAGCUCGAGGCCAUCACCUACGGCUGCCAGCAACAAGAGACGUACCUCACCAAUGGGGAACGCGCCGGGUUUUUGAUUGGAGAUGGCGCCGGAGUUGGUAAAGGCCGCACCAUCGCUGGCAUCAUCUACGAGAAUUACCUGCUGGGGCGCAAACGCGCCGUCUGGUUCAGCGUCUCUAACGACCUCAAGUACGACGCGGAGAGGGAUCUAAAGGACAUCGGAGCGAAAAAUAUCACGGUUCACUCCCUGAGCAAGUUCAAAUAUGGCAAGAUCACGUCAAAGGAGAAUGGCGCGGUGAAGAAGGGCGUGGUGUUUGCCACAUACUCGGCGCUGAUCGGGGAGAGCCAGUCGGGCGGCAAGUACCGCACGCGCAUCAAGCAGCUGCUGCACUGGUGCAGCGACGAUUUCGACGGCGUCAUAAUUUUUGAUGAGUGCCACAAAGCCAAGAACCUAUGUCCCGUCGGCUCCUCCAAGCCGACCAAGACGGGCCUGGCCGUGCUCGAGCUGCAGAACCGUCUGCCCAAGGCCCGCGUCAUCUACGCCAGCGCCACUGGUGCAUCGGAGCCCCGGAACAUGGCCUACAUGAACCGGCUGGGGAUUUGGGGGGAGGGGACCCCCUUCCGCGAGUUCAACGACUUCAUCCAAGCCGUGGAGAGGAGGGGAGUGGGCGCCAUGGAGAUCGUUGCCAUGGAUAUGAAGCUGCGGGGGAUGUACAUCGCCAGGCAGCUCAGCUUCUCUGGCGUCACCUUUAAGAUCGAGGAGAUCCCCCUCGACAGCAAAUACAUCUCCAUGUACAACCGCGCCGUGCACCUGUGGGUGGAGGCGCGUGAGAAGUUUCAGAUGGCGGCGGAGCUGAUUGACGCGGAGCAGCGCAUGAAGAAGUCCAUGUGGGGACAGUUCUGGUCGUCACACCAGCGCUUCUUCAAGUACCUGUGCAUCGCGUCCAAGGUGCGCCGCCUCGUGCAGCUCGCCAGGGAGGAGGUCAAGAACGGCAAGUGCGUGGUGAUCGGGCUGCAGUCGACAGGAGAGGCGCGCACGCUGGAGGCGCUGGAGGAGGGCGGUGGGGAGCUCAACGACUUUGUCUCCACCGCUAAGGGAGUGUUCCAGUGUCUAAUUGAGAAGCACUUCCCCGCCCCCGACCGGAAGAAGUUGUCGAGUCUCCUGGGCUUCGAGUUGGGCAGCCUGAGCCGGGGUGGCGCCCAGCCUGCACGGAGUAACGCUGCCACCACAACCCCUGCCCAGAAGCGCAAAGCCAAGAGCCAGGAUGCACGGGGGCAGGUGAAGCGCGCACGCGCGGGGAGGAGCGAGAGCGAGAGCUCCAGCAGCGAGGAGGAGGACGAGGAGGACGAGGGCGGCGGCAGGGACAGCGCCUCCUCUUUCGAGUCGGUCAGCUCUGGAGAUGACGACUUCAACCCCUUCCGCGAUGAGUCCGACGAUGAGGGUGACCCGUGGCUGGUGAGGAAGGAGCGCAGGAAGAAGUCCGUGGAAAAGGAGGAGGAGAGGAAAAGGAAGAGUAAGAAGAGCAAGGGGAGCAAGCGGAAUGCGGACAUCGAUCCUGACUCCAUCCAGAGCGCGCUGCUUGCCUCCGGCCUGGGCCUCCGAAAGAGCAGCUUCUCAAGUGCAGGUGUGGGGGGGCUGUUGUCAGGCUCGGUGGGCACCUCGGGGCCCCCCCCCCUGGCGGGGACCCCCCCCGCGGGCGACGCGGUGGAGCGAGCCCAGGCCAUGAAGCGCGAACUCCUCGACCACCUGGAGCAGCUGGCGGACGCACUGCCCCCCAACACGCUGGACGAGCUCAUCGACGAGCUGGGGGGCACCGACAACGUGGCUGAGAUGACUGGGCGCAAGGGCCGCGUGGUCAGCAAUGACGACGGGAGCAUCGCGUACGAAUCGCGCUCCGAGCUGGACGUGCCCGUGGAGAUCCUCAACGUCACCGAGAAGAAGCGCUUCAUGGACGGAGACAAGAACAUCGCGAUCAUCUCGGAAGCGGCGAGCUCUGGAAUAUCGCUCCAGGCUGACCGCCGUGCCAAGAACCAGCGGCGGCGCGUGCACAUGACGCUCGAGCUGCCCUGGAGCGCAGACAGAGCCAUUCAGCAAUUCGGCCGGACUCACCGCUCUAACCAGGUGAAUGCCCCCGAGUAUCUCUUCCUCAUCUCCGAGCUCGCCGGGGAGCAGCGCUUCGCUUCCAUCGUCGCCAAGCGUCUCGAGAGCCUGGGCGCCCUGACGCACGGCGAUCGCAGAGCCACGGAAUCGAGAGAUCUGAGCCGCUACAACUUUGACAACAAGUAUGGCCGGCAAGCCCUGGAGAUGGUCAUGAAGUCCAUCGUUGGCCUCGACGCACCUCUGGUGCCGCCCCCAAGCGAUUACUGCGGUGACUUUUUCAGAGACAUCCUGAAGGGCUUGGUGGGGGUCGGCAUGGUGAACAUCGAUGAGAGAAUGGGUCUCCCCACUUUGGACAAAGAUUACAACAACAUUGGGAAGUUCCUGAACCGCAUUCUGGGAAUGGAAGUGGCGCAGCAGAAUUCGCUCUUCCAGUAUUUCUCCGACACUCUGCAAGCGGUCAUUGUCAACGCGAAGCGUGCGGGGAGAUACGACAUGGGCAUACUUGACCUGGGCUCGGGGGAGGAACGCGUGAAGAAGCUGGAAGUGAAGAGGUUUAACACGCGCGGCCACUCGGGUGCGGGCCACGUGGAGAUGUACACGGUGUUGGUGGAGCGGGGAAUGUCAUGGGAGGAGGCCACCGAGGUGUGGGCCGACCAAUCCGGGCCAGACGACGGCUUCUACCUGUCUCUGCAGGUGCGUAACGGCAAGCGCACGGCUGUACUGGCGCGGGAGGUGAGCACCAGGAAGCGACUCUUUCUCAUCUACCGGCCCAACACCGGCAAACAGCUGCGGCACGAAAUGUACGCCGACCUCAAGAAGAAGUACAAGAAGGUGUCGUCGGACGAUGCGAUGCCUCACUGGGAGGAACAGUUCAACACCUCAAAGGACACCUGCACUCAUGCUUACUGGCGGGGAAACUGCAAGAAGGCGGCGCUGGGCAUGGUGUGCGAGGUGGGCCUGCGCUGCCGAACCUACCACGUGCUCUGCGGCUCCGUGCUGAGCGUGUGGAGCCGAGUGGAGGGGGUCAUGACCUCUGUGAGUGGCUCCCACUUGAAGAUGCAGAUUGUGCGUCUGCGGACCGAGGACGGCCAGAGGAUCGUGGGGCUGAUUAUCCCGCAAAGCUGCGUACCGCUUCUCGCUUGCGUGCUGGCAUCUGUGGAGCAGCAGCAGCAGCAGCAAGCUGCACCUGGCUCGCUGCCAUCGCACGCGUUGACGCCCGCGCACACUUAGAGCCCGCCUUGCGUAGAAAUCGACGUCCCCGUAGUGCCGGAUGGCAGAGAUCGUAAGGCUUAUGCCCUCGUUUAAAUUAAACUCCGGCGUUAACAGUCGCCCUGUGGUAAGUACUAUGGCUGUUUUGGAAUGUGUAUAGUUAUUGGCCGAGUGAGUGGAACUGCCAGGCCGGGGAAUCAUCUGAGGAGAGCUCUCGACCGCAGCUCCCAGUCGCCAUGGCUGGGUUGGUCAAUCCAGGUCGUUGCCCGUUUUAGUUUAAGUUAAUUCCACCCCUUCCACCAUCCCCCCAGCGCCUCCACUGUGCUCUCACUCUGGAGCUGCCCGAGGUUUUCUGUGUAAAUUUUCGACUCAUGCUGCCCCCUUCCCAGCAACACCGUCUGUAAGAUAAUCCGUGGAAUAAAAGAUGCUGCCCGUU